AUGGCAUCUCUUCCGCCCAUCUUGCGCUCCGAAUCGAGUCUGUCUACGCAAAGCAGCAACAAAAAACCCCCACCAGAGUCCCCAACUCCAGCUACAUCAACCUACAACGAUCCCGAGUCCACACCGGAGCCUGUCUUUCUCACAUGGGAAUCCCCAAGCGACCCCGCCAACCCUUUCAACUUCUCUCUCUCAAAGAAAUGGCGCACCACGCUCCUAGCUUGCUUUAUGACCUUUGUUGUGCAGGUCUCUGGAACAAUGUUUACCUCUGCCGCUGAGCAGAUUAACGCCAGUUUUCACGUCAGUGAUGAAGAGUUUCCACAUUCGUAUUGGCCGGUGUUGAGCUGGAACCUAGGAGGUGCAGCGGCGCCGAUGCUGGGCUUGCCCCUGAUGGAGAAUUUCGGAGUGCGAUGGAGUUAUCUUGCCAUCUAUGCAGUCUUAAUCAUCUUCAUCAUUCCGCAGGCUCUGGCGCACAACUUCGCGACAUUGAUUGUUACGCGCAUCAUCACGGGUUCCUGCACGGGUGUGCUUGCGAAUAUCACAUCGGGGAUUGUGAGUGACAUGUGGCGGGCUGGUCGAGCAAAGAGCUUCAGUACUUCGGUGUACAUCUUUGCGCUGCUUGCUGGUCUGAACAUGGGUCCUGUGUUUGGGAGUCUAGUUGUAAAGUACACUACUUGGCGAUGGAUCUUUUUUGGCCAGAUCAUAUUCUACAGCGCUUUGAUACCGAUACUGUUCUUCUUGCUCCCAGAGGUUCGACCGGAUGUCAUCCUCGCCGAGCGCGCACGACGUAUCCGAGCGACUACGGGUAAAGAGGUGUACGCUGAAGCCGAGAGGGGGCAUACGAGUAUCAGUGAGAUCGUCAAAGAGACACUUGUUCGACCGACGCGCAUGCUUUGCACCGAGGGCGUCGUUCUCUCCUUCGGGCUAUGGAGCGCAUUCUGCAUUGGAACAGCCUUCAUGUUCACGCAAUCCAUCGUCCAAGUCUUCUCUGAACUAUACGGCUGGACCUUCUUUGGCACAGGACUUGUGCAGAGCGCUGUCGUGGUUGGGGAGCUCAUCGGCCUUGUUGCAUCCUUGGUGCAAGAUCGAAUCUACUUUGCAUCGGCAAAACGCAACACUGAAACUCCCGGCGAGCCAAUACCUGAGGCCCGACUUUACCUCAGCAUACCUGCUUCAUUCAUCGGAUUGAGUGGUGGAUUGUUCUACUUUGCGUGGACAUCGUACUCUUCGAUACCAUGGAUUGUACCCAGCAUAUCGCUUGCUUUUGUGGGAUUCGGCAUGUUCUGCAGUACGGCUGGCUUGACAGCGUAUGUUUGUGAUGCAUAUGCAAAGUAUGCUGCCAGUGCGAUUGCUGGUAUCGCGUUUCUGGAGAACUUCAUGGCGGCCUUCUUGCCACUUGCUACGCAGAGCAUGUAUCGGACCCUGGGAUUCAAUUGGGCCAGCAGUUUGCUGGGUUUCGUUGCGUUGGCGCUGAGCUUUAUCCCGCUGGUGUUGUUGCGAUAUGGGCGGAAGAUUCGAGAGAAGAGCCCAUUCAUGAGUGAGGCUGGAUACGAAGAGUAA